AUGUAUUCACUCAGAGCUGGCCUCCCCUGGGCACGCCGAGCUAGACCAUCAUUGUGCACCGCCCUGCGCAUUGCUUCCCAGAGCCAGAGCCGAAACGUAUCAGCCGGGCUUGGAUCACAAGUGGAAAGGAACCCCGGGGCGGAGAUACAGCCCCCUCUAGACUCUCGGAGGGAGUCAAUCAAGCAAGCAAGGCCCUUUUCUGAUUUUCUGACCGACACCUUCUCCCGCCAACAUGAUUACCUGCGGAUCUCGAUCACGGAAAGGUGCAACCUGCGCUGCGUCUACUGCAUGCCCGAGGAGGGUGUUCCCCUUUCACCCAACCGGGAGCUCCUCACCACGCCAGAGAUAGUCAUGCUCUCCUCCGUCUUCGUCUCCCAGGGAGUGAAUAAGAUUCGGCUCACUGGCGGAGAGCCGACGGUGCGUCGUGACAUCCUCUCUCUGAUGCACCAGCUCGGAGAUCUUCGGAGCCGGGGCCUCCGGGAGCUGUGCAUCACGACAAAUGGCAUCUCCCUGCACCGGAAGCUUGACAGCAUGGUCGACGCUGGGCUGACCGGGGUCAACCUCAGCCUGGACACACUGGACCCCUUCCAGUUUCAAAUCAUGACAAGACGGAAGGGGUUCGAUGCAGUCCAGAAGAGCAUCGAUCGCAUCCUGGAGCUGAACAAGCUCGGAGCUGGGAUCAAACUCAAGAUCAACUGUGUCGUCAUGCGAGGCGUGAACGACCGAGAGAUCGUCCCCUUUGUGGAGUUGACUCGGGAGAAGGACCUCGAGGUCCGCUUCAUCGAGUACAUGCCGUUCGACGGCAACAAAUGGAACAAGAACAAGAUGUUCAGCUACAAAGAGAUGCUGGGGCUGAUCCGAGAGCAGCACCCCAGUCUGGCCAAAGUUCAGGAUCACCGAAAUGAUACGAGCAAAACAUGGCAUAUUCCAGGCUUCGCAGGGAGGAUAGGAUUCAUCACGAGCAUGACGCACAACUUCUGCGGGACCUGCAAUCGUCUACGCAUCACCAGCGACGGGAACCUCAAAGUGUGCCUCUUCGGCAAUGCCGAGGUAUCACUCCGAGAUAUUCUACGCAGCUCAAACGGUGGUGAGCCCAUUGACGAGCAAGCCUUUGAGGCCAUGAAGCAAAUCGAAAUGGACCGGAAGCAAGGGCUUACGCCGUCGAACCAAGCAUUAGGUAUAGAUACUCACGAGGCCGAGCUACUUGAGGUUAUCGGAGCCGCUGUGAAGAGAAAGAAGGCCAAACACGCCGGUAUGGGAGAACUCGAACACAUGAAGAAUAGGCCAAUGAUUCUCAUAGAUGACCUUUCUGCAUCCUUUACCAGCUACCGGAACGUGCAAUUCCCGUUUAAGAGCUCGUUUGCCGUCCCCAGAGGUUGGCCAUCACAUCUCUUCCAAACCGACCGACAAUCCCAGCACUCGCGGCUGUUCUCGACAUCGAGGCAUCAUAAACAAAAGAAUUCUGCACCUUCCAAAGAGACGACCGCGGCGCCGAGAAGCCCAAACAACCAGCGCCUCACCCACGUAUCCGAGACUGGCGACGCGCACAUGGUCUCCAUCAGCGACAAGGACGUGACCUCACGCACCGCAACCGCCGCCUGCACGAUCCGCUUCUCGACGCCCGACGCGGUCAGGCUCAUCCGCGAGAACCAGAUGAAGAAGGGCGACGUGCUCGGCGUCGCCCGCGUCGCCGGGAUAAUGGCCUCGAAGCGGACGCCGGACCUCAUCCCGCUGUGCCACCCGAUCCCGCUCUCCCACGUCAGGAUCGACCUCGACGCCGCAGACUCCUCGGAUCAGCGAAUCGAGGUUAGGGCGACCGUCAAGUGCGACGGCAAGACCGGCGUCGAGAUGGAGGCGCUGACGGCGGCGUCCACGGCGGCGCUGACGGUGUACGACAUGUGCAAGGCUGUGGAUAAGGGGAUGAUCAUUGACGGACUGAGAGUGGUUCUCAAGGAGGGUGGCAAGAGUGGGCGGUGGGAGAUGGAUUGA